UUGGGAAAAGACUGUUGGAUGUUGGGAACCAGGGUCCACGAUGCCUCCAAACAGAAGAUGGAGAAACCCUUGAAGCUGGUUUAUAAAAAGGAUGGGAAGCUGCAGCUUAACCCAGAGGCUCUGAAGGUCCUCCAGUCCAUUGAGGAUCCAAUGGUUGUUGUGGCUGUGAUUGGUGCUGCUCGUACAGGGAAGUCCUACCUCAUGAACUGUCUUGCAGGAGACAAGAAGGGAUUCUCAGUGGAUUCAACCACACAGGCUCACACCAAAGGAAUCUGGAUGUGGUUUCGAUCCCUCCCUCAGAGACCCAAUGAGGUCCUCUUGUUGUUGGACACUGAGGGUCUGGGAGACCCUGACAAGGGAGACAUCGACAAUGAUCGUUCCAUCUAUUUACUGGCUAUCCUUCUGAGCAGCGUCCUCAUUUACAAUAGUCAAAGAAACAUAGACCAGCAAUCCCUGCAAGACCUACAUUUUGUGACUGAACUGUCUAAGUGGAUCCUGAUGAAGUCCCAGCCUGAUGGCUGCAACAGUUGGGACUUUGUCCGUUUCUUCCCUGAAUUUGUCUGGGUGAUCCGUGAUUUGACACUGUGUAUGAAGAUUGAUGGAAAAGAUGCGACUCCAAAUGAGUACCUGGAGCACAUUCUGAAACUGAAGGGCAGUGAGAUCAGAGAGCAGGACAAGAAAUAUAAUGAACUCCGCAAGUGUAUCCGUAAUAAUUUUCCCUCGCGUCGCUGCUUUGCAUUUCCCACUCCCACACACUGGAAGAAACUCAAGCAGCUUCAGGAAUUGGAGGACAAGGAUCUGGAUGAGGAUUUUGUUACAGAGCGGCAGAAACUCAUCAAUUACAUUCAAACCCACAAGAAAGUCAAAAGAGUUGUUGGGGGUCAGCUGGUCAUGGGCAGGAGAUUUGUUGAAAUGACCGAGACAUACAUUAGCAUGAUGACAGAUGGAGUCCUACCGUGUGUGGAAAGCUGUGUCACCAAAUUAGUGGAGGUGGAAAACCAAGCAGCAGUAGAUGAAGCCCUGAAAUUCUUUGAUACUGAAAUUAAAAAAUUCUCAGAAUCUGGCUGUCUUACUAUGAGCAAACACACAGAGAAUUACAAUAUGAACAGCAUAGAGGCAUUCAACAUCUUCCACAAAAGGUCUAUGAACAACAAUAGCGGCAAAUACAUCCGACAGCUGGAGGAGAAGAUGAGUUCUACUUACAAGUCUCUCAUGGUCAAGAUCAAGGAAAAGUUAAAAGAGGAAUGUGAGACACAUCUAAAAGAAGUAAUGUCAUCAAUUAAAGAAAACCUGACAUCUGGACAUUACCAGAGACCUGGUGGUUUCCAGGAGCUGAAGAAGGAUCUUGAUAAGUCCAUCAAGGAGUAUGAAGAAAGGACUAAGAACGAGAUGGAGGGGUGGGCUGUCCUUACCCACUUCCUGGAAGAGGAAAAACCUCGUCUAGACCAUGUACAGGAAAUGGACAGCAGGCUGACGGAGGAACAAAGGCGUGUCUCUGCUUUGGAACAGGAGCUCUCGAGGGUGAAACAGGAGAUGAAGAUGAUGGAGCAGAAGAGGAAAGCAUUUGAGGAAUGCAGGAAUAAGAAAAUCAUAGAGCAGAUCAGAAAAAGAUUUGAGCAGGGUAAAAAGUGCAGUGUGGAGGAGCUGAAGGAAGCCAUGGAGCAUAUGAGGAGUGAGAUGGAGAAAUACGAAGUUGAAGGCAGGAUGGAGGAUGCGCAAAGGGCUCAGCAGAGGUACGAGUACCUGAAGAAGAAAUAUGAAGAGACAACAAACUGGAGUUUUAUGACAUUCAUAAGGGAGAAUGCUGAGAAUUUUGCUACACUGGUAACUGCAAUGGGCACUAUGGCACAAUUUAUUGCAUCCAAAGCAAGAAAGUAG